GUUUAAAGUUGGACGCAACACAAAGCGCGAGACAUGUGUCUUUAACAACCACUCAACUCCAAGUAUCCGAUGCAUCCAUGACAUUGUUGAAUUGACCGCGACGGCCCGACCCUCGAUUGCGUAUUUUACAUCGGCAAACCUUUGCUGUCCUUUGCUCUCCCUCGCCGCCCCAGCAUGAUCACGAGGGCGCGAGCCCAGCCCCGACGACGUUCCCUAACAUGAAACGGCUGGCCGGCCUGGGCCACGUUCCCUCGAUGCUGGCCCUCGUCCUGCUGUUGGUGACGGCAGCCGCCUACUCGCCCCUCUCCGACAGCUUCCUGCGCGCCGUGCCGGGCCCAGGCGACGACUUCGACAUCCACAAGGGCGCGCUGCUCGCCCCGAUCCUGAUCCCCCGCGUGCCGGGCACGCCGGGCUCGAUCCAAGUCCAGCAGCACUUUGUCGACUUCUUCCAGAAGGAGCUGCCGAAGUGGACGACCGAAUGGCAGAACUCGACUGCCCAGACGCCUGCGACGGGGUCCAGAGACGUCCCAUUCAACAACAUAAUAUUCAAGAGGGAGCCGCCGUGGACCAAGACGGGCCAGGCCAACAUCCUGACCCUCGUGGCGCACUUUGACAGCAAGCUCACGCCCGAGGGUUUCAUCGGCGCGACCGACAGCGCGGCGCCCUGCGCGAUGCUCAUGCACGUGGCGAGGAGCAUCGACAAAUACCUCACGCAGAUGUACGACGAGAUGGUAGCGCUGGGCGAGCUAGGGGGCACGCCAGCGAUGGACAUGGGCGUGCAGAUACUGCUGCUCGACGGCGAGGAGGCCUUUGUGUCGUGGACCGACACAGACUCGCUCUACGGGGCAAGGUCCCUGGCCGACUCGUGGGAGAACCAGCCGACACUGGCCACCGCCAACUUCCCCAACCGCCUGAACCAGAUCAGCCUGUUCGUCCUCCUCGACCUCCUCGGCGCCGCAGAUCCCAAGAUCCCGUCGUACUUCCUCCCGACCCACUGGGCGUACAAGGCCAUGUCCAAGAUCGAGCAGCGUAUGCGGGACCUGGGGCUCCUCGAGACCAAGCCGGCGGGACCGUUCCUGCCCGAUUCGGACAAGCUUACAACACAGUUCACACGGUCAUGGGUUGGCGAUGACCACGUGCCCUUCAUGGCCAAGGGCGUCCCCAUCCUGCACCUCAUCCCGAGCCCGUUUCCGAGGGUGUGGCACACGAUGCAGGACGACGGCGAGCACCUCGACAUGCCGACGGUGCGCGACUGGGCCAAGAUCACGACUGCUUUUGCGCUCGAAUGGCUCGAUAUGAUGGAAGUUUGGCCUCAGGAGGAGUGAGGCUGUACCUGAUACAACUUGGGCAGGGCAACGGUUGUUGGAUUUUUGCUAUUUCCGGGCGGCACUGCCCAGCGUCGUAAGACCACCAUGGGUUUGCCAUGUCCCAACGUCUUGGACGUGAAUCGGAUAUUGCGUGGCGUCGGGCGUUUUCAUAAUGGUUUCAUUUGACGAGUCUCAUACUGAGAGCUAUAUAUCAGUUGGCAAAUGUAAAACUACACGAUCAGUCCUCGGUCUCCUUCUUCUUCUUGCUGUCGCUCUUGGGCUCUGGCUCCCCCUUCUUCGGCUCGUUCUUGGAGCCUGGCUCGUUCUCAUAGCCUCCUCCCUGUUUCUCGUACUCCUUGGCCAGCUUGGAUGCCUGGGCCCACGGAGGUCAGUGUUGUCAUUCGAGCCCCUCUUGCUGGGGGGCCGAGCUCUCUGCUCUCAUACCUUCCACGCGGACCAUUGGCCCUCACCACCUCCUGAUUUGUUUGGCUCCUGCUUGAUUUCUGCCGGGGGAUGUUAGUCGACCGCACCAAGCCCAGGAUGGAAUUGGAUUGCCAUUGGGACGGGGAAAACUUGCCCUCCUUGAUCUCCUCCCGCAGCUCGGGAUCUGUCGGCUUUCCCUUGGAAGACGGCAUUUUGGAGUACGGAGAGGGCUUGCAGGGCUUGGAGGUCCGGCGCUUGCUGGAUGCACGAUGGUGGUCUGAUCAAUCACGAGGGACGACGGAGCAUCCACUAAUGGAACGGGCUCGAGUUGCGACUCAGACACUGCUCCAUGCGCAAACAUCCCUUUUAUGGGCCAUCGGGCGUUGAGCAACCUGGCAAGACGUCAUCUUGUGUUGCGGGCUGGUCAAAGAACAUCCAUGACGAUAUCUCUCAGGCAAGCGGAACAGCCGCGCUAGCCCGCGCAGUGUUGACGAAUCGACAGGCCCGUUCUGAUUACAUCACCACUUCCUUCCUUUGUGGCAUCUGAAAGCUGCAAGCCUUGGAGGGCAAGCCUUGGAGUGCAAGCCUUGGAGGGCAAGACGCGUGGAGCCUACCCGAGAGUCGCGUGGCUGCAACGUGCACGCAUCCGCUUCAAUACCGCCAGACCGCCAACCGAGGAGGCCCCGUCACUUGCACCAAUCGUCUGCCCUCGGGCUCCCUGCUUCGAACUGCAUGAGCAGUCAGUCAUCUUUCACCCCUGGGCAUGCCCAAAGCAGCUGACAGCAGCCCUCCUCUGCCAGAACUAGAACCACGCUGGUCAGCUCCCCCGCGCCGGACCUCACGCCGAGUAUUUUCUGACAGCUGUCAGAUGCACGCAAGCCCGCCGCUAAAUACGCUACGCUACGAGGCUCGAGGCAUCGCCUGGACCAGCGAGAGCCCCCUCCGAGUACCCCGAACAGCUCCAAGUGCAGCUGUGGAGGUCUGAGCCUCCGCGGAAGCUCUUCGAGAGCCUGGGCUCUCUCGCUGAACCUCCAAGAGGCCACAAUCGAAGGUCCAACAAGUUGAGCUCUGUCACCUCCUGGCAAAUUUACUACAGCGUGUGUUCAGUUUAGAAUAGAAAUUUGUGGCACGAAUCUCAUCUUGGGCAUCAUGACGGCCGCUCCGACAGAGCAACACCUCGCUUCACAUGCCUCUUGUCCUGUUUGUUGCUGUCGCCUGCUGCACCCGGAUGGCAAGCAUGCCCAGGUGAUUCAGCAAACUACCUACUCACAUGUUCGCUGCUUGAGCUCCAGACCAACUAACCACAUGAAGCCUCCAUCUCUCGCACAGACAUCAGUGAGGGCCAUCAAUCACGAUUCCAGAAAUGGUCGCCUCACCGGACUCUGUCCGCGACACCAUUUUACAUAACACGGUCACGGUACGCAGCAGUGCCUCACGUCGAUCCCGCACCGGACCAGGGCCCGAGGCACUUCGUUGAGGCUCAUUAUGAUAUCAAGACAUGGUGUUCAACAAGUGUUGACAUGUGCCGCUCAACCUCAACAGGAAGUCUGACCUGACCUAGCAAGGUGUCGGCGCGACAUUGGAGCCUGAAGGUAUAAG